AUGGCCCCACACCUGAAGCUCACCUACUUUGACAUGAAAGCCCGUGCGGAGGUAAGCCGUAUGCUGUUCCACUAUGGCGACGUUGCCUUUGUGGACGAGCGUCUUUCGCACGCCGACUUCGGAGCAAUGAAGUCAAAGCUCCCAUUGGGCCAAGUGCCUCUGCUGGAAAUAGACGGCGCUGUCUACCCUCAGAGUAUGGCGAUCAUGCGGUACGCGGCCAAGCGAGCUCGACUGUACCCCAGCGACCCAGUAAAGGCCCUCAAGGCUGAUGCGGUGUCGUACUCGCUGAAUGAGCUGACCGCUCCGUUCAUCGAAUUCACGAUCUUUACCCCUGAUGCAGACGAGAAGGCCAAGAAAAGGACCGCGUUCCUUGAGGAAAAGGUGCCCAAGGUCCUCACCGUCGCGGAAAACCUCGUGGAGGGAAAGUUCCUCACUGGCGACUCCAUGUCGUUCGCGGACGUGCAGCUCUUUGACUUUGUCGAAAACUGUGUCAAGGUGUUGACCCCGACAUUCGAUAUGUCCGCGCUCCCGAAGCUGGAGGCUCUCCUCAAGAACGUUGCGGCGGACCCAAAGAUCGCUGCGUACCAGGCUGGCAGCAAGUAA